AUGUCUCUUCCUUUACAGGGGAAAAUGGCAGCCACUGGCCAGUCGUUAAUCCCAGCCCCGCUCACAGGGAUUCCCUUCCUAAAGGCCUCACAUUUUCAGAUAGGGUUUGACCAUAGACCACAGGGAAACGUUGUUGAAUCUCCUUUCCGCACGGAUUUCCCUCCCUUAUGGGGCAGUUACAAACCAGACCCAAUUCUGCUUCCAAACUCCAAGGGUGUUUUGAAUCAGGAUAUGGAUAAAGCCAGGGAAACCUGGUCAGAAACCCAGCUGGCAUUUCCAGUGAGAUCCCUGGAACCAAAGCCCAAAGUCUGUCCACCAGAAUCUCACCUCCAAAUGCAUGCAGAUUCCCAGACCAAAAUUUUCACCUCAACUGCAAGGGAGAGCUACCCUUGGCCAGACGUGACUCUGCAGGGACCAGCCUCCACCAGAGCUGAUUACAAUAAGGAGGAAGAUCAUUUUCCUUGUGGAGACAAAGACAAACUGAAGCUCCUGCCUUCUGUCUAUCGUUUUUCAUACCCAGCGUAUGAGAUAUUCAAGCCCAUUGCCAAAGCGCCAUGUGUGCAUCUGGGAGGAAUUCCCACAAUUAAAGGUGACAGAUGCUCCUACUAUGGCACUUCUUAUCAAGCACAGUUUGAGGGUGGCUGGAUCCCUCCUGUGAAGUCCUGUGGAAAGAGCAAGUCUUCCAUUGUGUUUGGAGACCCCAGGAGCAGUGUCAGCACCAGCGAGGAGAAACGUGCCUACGCUCUCCAGGACACAAGGAACCACAGAGUCUAUGACAAAGAAUGUGCUGCCUUCCAAAUACACAAGACAAACAUCAAGCCAGGGGAUGGUUGCACCAGAUUCUUUACUGUGACACUGGAGUCGUUCCCACGGCGGGAGCUAGCCCCCGUGAAAGUUACGUGUCUAAGCAAACAGACUUCAUCGAUCCCUAAAGGCGACGAAGACCUUGAGAGGAGUCGGGAGCGUGCGACCACCACCACUAACCGAUUCUUCCACACCCAGAUUGACCUGGGGGAACGUCCACCUCAGCCAGACGUGCCACCGUGGAGACAACAAAGCAAAGUGCCCCUGGGUGACAAACAUUUAAACGCCUGUUUCUUCAGCACGACGCAGCACUCGGACUAUCAGCCGCCACCCAAGAGCCAGAGGGAGACGUCCAGCAGCAAGAGCCACCUUGAGAGCCACGUGCCCUUUAAUUAUCCCACAGGUAAAGGCAUUGUCACGACCACACAGGCUAUGCUGGUCCUGCACAAACAGCGGAUGCUCCGGCCCUCAGAAGAGUCGCUGCAGCAGAUUAAAUACUCUCACCUAGUCCCGCCAUGGCAGGGGCAGCGCUUCUUUGGGACUGAGCAUCAAGAUGAGUUCACCCCCAAGUACAGCGGCCCUGUGACUAUCUGCGGGGGGAACUUCCAAGUGAGCAGCAUCCCCCUGGGCACCCUGAAGAAGUACAGCCCCCAGAGGCGCAUGGUCUUUGCAACAUGACGUGCUGCCUUCCUAUAGUGGCUCUCAAUGCCACCCUCCAGGGGCUGCCUACAAAUAAACACAGGUACCUGG